CCGUACACCACUCGUUGGUCAUCAUCGUCGUCCUCCCCUUUCGCCGUCGGCUCGGUCACUAUCGGGUGCCGUCUUGCAUAUACCGCAUCUGUUUUCUGGCUACGCUUAGCUGGUAUUUCUUCGCGCCAACAUGCUCCAGCUUCAACGUGCAUCGCAGCGAACCAUUGCCCGACGUGCUGCUAGGGCGGCUGCAGCAACUCGUCGCGGGCUCGCUACAGCGUCUGAGCCUUACGACUGUGUCAUCAUCGGCGGAGGUCCGGGUGGAUACGUGGCCGCAAUCAAGGCGGCGCAGCAUGGGCUCAAGACUGCCUGCAUAGAGAAACGGGGCUCUCUUGGUGGAACAUGUCUCAACGUUGGCUGCAUUCCCUCCAAGUCACUGCUCAACAACUCGCACAAGUACCACGAAGCGCAGCAUGACUUCGCGAAACGUGGUAUCGACGUUCCGGAGGUCAAGCUCAAUCUACCGAACAUGCUCAAGGCCAAGGAGCAGUCUGUUACUUCACUCACCAAGGGCAUCGAGUUUCUGUUCAAGCAGAACAAGGUUGACUACAUCAAGGGUACUGGCAGCUUUGUAUCGCCCACGAAGAUCGCGGUAUCACUGAACGAGGGUGGGGAAACCGAGGUCGAUGCCAAAAACGUUAUCAUCGCUACAGGUAGUGAAGUCGCGCCCUUCCCCGGUGGCGGAAUUGAGAUCGACGAGGAGCAGAUCGUCUCGUCCACCGGCGCACUCGAGCUCAAGAAGGUGCCAGAGAAGCUAGUCGUAAUCGGUGGAGGCGUUAUCGGCUUGGAGCUGGGCAGUGUAUGGAGUCGUCUUGGCGCUGAAGUAACUGUCGUUGAGUUCUUGGGCGGUAUCGGUGGUGCUGGUAUCGAUGAAGAGAUCGCUAAGCAAUUCCAGCGUAUUCUCGCCAAGCAAGGCAUCAAGUUCAAGCUCAACACGAAGGUCACCGGUGCGGAAAAGCGAGAAGGCAAGGUUUACAUCAAGACUGAGGGCUCGAAGGGCGGCAAGGAGGAAGAGCUCGAGGCAGAUGUUGUCCUCGUUUCCGUAGGACGUCGCCCUGUCACUACCGGUCUUAACCUCGAGAAGAUUGGCGUUGAGGUGGAUAACCGCGGGCGCAUUGUCAUUGACGACCAGUUCAACACUUCGGUAAAGAACAUCAAGUGCAUCGGUGACGUCACUUUCGGUCCCAUGCUUGCGCACAAGGCCGAGGAGGAGGGUAUUGCUGCAGUGGAGUACAUCAAGACUGGUCACGGUCACGUCAACUACCACGCCAUCCCUUCUGUUGUCUACACAUACCCCGAAGUUGCGUGGGUGGGCAAGACCGAGCAGGAACUCAAGGCUGCUGGCGUCAAGUACGCCGUCGGCAAAUUCCCCUUCUCGGCCAACUCCCGUGCGAAGACCAACCUCGACACCGAAGGCCAGGUGAAGAUGAUCACGGAGAACGAGACUGACAAGCUGCUCGGUGUGCACAUCAUCGGUCCCAACGCCGGCGAGAUGAUCGCGGAGGCUGUCCUCGCUAUCGAGUAUGGCGCGAGUGCCGAGGACGUUGCACGGACAACGCACGCUCACCCCACCCUGUCCGAGGCGUUCAAGGAGGCGGCCAUGGCUGCGUACGACAAGCCCAUCCAUUGCUGAGUGUAGUUAGACGAGGAUCCCUAUGACGUUAAUCCAAUAUUAGUCUAAUGACAUGACCGUCGUGCUUGUCACUUCGAAUAUU